CAGUGGUGGAAUCGAACGUCCCCGAGCGCACACGGCGUAGAGGAGAGUACGGCGCACGAGUCUGUGGAAGGGAGAUAACGGUUUCCUUUUUGCCCCCUUUCCACUUAAACAACAAGAACCAACCAAACCUGAAUUUUAAGGGGGGCUUAAGAGUCUUUUGCUCUCAAGGAGGAGGGAAACGAGGGAUUGGAGAAGCAAGUUUUUUUCUUUUCUUUUUUUUCAUUUUCUUAAAAAGGAUUCUGUGUUCGCGGUGGUUUUUUUCUCUGUUUUCGCCGCAAAGAUGAUGGUCGGAGAGGUCGAAGUGAAGGAGCGACCGAGGCCGAGUCCCGACUAUUUAAUGCAAUUAUUAAACGAGAAGAAGCUCAUGACCAGCUUACCAAAUCUCUGCGGCAUCUUCACACACUUAGAGAGGCUUCUAGAUGAAGAGAUCAACAGAGUACGUAAAGACAUGUACAGUGACACAGUGAAUGGCCUUGUGGACAGACACCCACUGGAGCUGCCUGAACCUAUCGGACCCAUCGUUCACCUGCAGGAAAAACUGUUUGUGCCUGUCAAAGAGUACCCAGAUUAUAACUUUGUGGGGAGAAUCCUUGGUCCCCGGGGACUCACUGCCAAACAGCUGGAAGCAGAGACAGGAUGCAAAAUCAUGGUGCGAGGCAAAAGCUCCAUGAGAGACAAGAAGAAGGAGGAGCAGAACAGAGGGAAGCCAAACUGGGAACACCUAAAUGAAGACCUUCAUGUCCUAAUCACAGUGGAGGAUACACAGGCCAGAGCUGAGAUCAAGAUGAAGAGAGCGGUGGAGGAGGUCAAGAAGCUUCUUGUACCUGCUGCGGAGGGAGAAGACAACUUAAAGAAGAUGCAGCUGAUGGAGCUUGCUAUACUCAAUGGGACAUAUAGAGACAACAACAUCAAAACACCCACCCUUGCGUUCUCUCUUGCAGCGGCGGCAGCAGCCGCUCAGGGCCCGCGCCUCAUAGCGGCCCCCACAGGUCAGGUGUUGCCUCCCCCAGCACUCAGACCCCCAACACCAGCUGGGGCGCCCAUCAUGAACCUCAUCCGGCCUACUCAGAUGGCUGCCAUGCUGCCCAAUGGCACCCCCACCCUGGUGCCUCCCACACCGGAUGCUGGGCUAAUCUACACCACUCCUUACGAGUACCCUUACACCUUGGCACCCACCUCCCUGCUGGAGUACCCCAUCGAGCACAGUGGGGUUCUAGGUAAGAGAGCCUGGGGAAGCAUGGGUGCAGCAGGUACAGCGGCCAACUUUAGCCAGCCUGGACACGAUGGCAGCUUGUUUUACCCCGGAGCUGGGGUGCUGGACGCGGCUACCAUGAGCCACAGUCAGGACUUGUUGAAAGGUGCAAUGGCUACUAAAGUGAGACGGCAUGACACGCGGGUCCAUCCUUACCAAAGGAUUGUGACCGCUGACAGAGCCGCCACCGGCAACUAACACAUGACCUUCUGACCUCUGAACUCUUCACCCAAUGACGAGCCGCCCCAAGCCUGCCUGCUGAUCAGUUAACUGGUAAUUGCCUUUUGCUAGCCUCUCGGACGCAAGUGAAAGAGAGAGAGAGAGCGAGAGAGAGAGAGAGGCGCCUGCCCGUACAGUUACCCUAACACGUUCUGACAAAAAAAAAAAAACAUAGAAACCAACGCAGAAUCUUCACUGAAACACAACAAAACCCAACAAAGUUGUGUAUUAUUCAUUUUUUUUCCCUCUGUUCAUUGAGUUUAAUUCCCAUUCUUUCUCUUUCUUUUUCUUCAUGAAUCAUGUACUGGGUGGACGUGUUUGUGAUAUUACUCAUGAAUCUGCACUGAAUUAUAUAGCAAUAAAGACACCCACCCUACCCUGCCUACCCACUCCCCCUCACUUGCUCUGAUUUGGUGACCUCACUUGUUUUAAGUCAAAGUUCUUCAUCUCUGUGACGCAAACCAUUUGGUUUCAGAGUAAUUACAUAAUCACCCUCAUUCUCCCCUCCUUGACCUAACCCCGAUCUAAGCAUAUAUAUGAGCGUAUCUGCUCCCACCCUGUUCAAACACCCACCUGAUGCGAGAGAAAAAGAAAUGGAAGGAAAGAGAACAUACGCUCAAAUUAACUUGUUUAAUUUCUGUCAUUUUUCACAUGUAUUUUAGUUGUUGAGCUCUGUGUUGUAAUGAUGAGCUGACACAUUCUGGGUGUGCCCCUCUAAACGGCUUUCUGUCUGUUUUUAAAAAAGCAUGGCUGAAAUGAUUGCAGAAGGAGCUUUUUAUGAUUUAUGUGUUGUUUUUUUUUUCUUCUGUCUUGAUUUGUUGCUUUCCUUUAGUCAUUUUUUCCACUUGAUUUAGUUUUUUCUGUUCAUAUUUGACUAAUUAGCUUUGCCUAUGUAGACCAGCUAAAACAGAAUCCAAUCUAAAGUCAGAGGCAGGCUGCAGAAACUAAGAAAGGCAAGUUGGGAGGGUCACUUCUUGGGUUGAUGGGUCUGUGUGUGCGCGUGUGUGUGUGUGUUUUAAUUAAUACUACAAUGAAAGUAGGGUGUGCUGAGGCUUUGGGGACAUUGGGGCAGUGCUUAUAAGCCACUGACCAUUGCUAAGCCCCCAUCCACACUACAUCCACUAUACAGUGCCUGAUGUAUUUAGAAAUAUAUCUCAAUGAGUUAGCUGAGCUGUGAUCAACAAAUACAAAAGAAGAAAGAAAAAAAAAGUGUUGUGUGCAUAUUUAGCCAAAGGGUUUUCCGGAGAAAUAUAUAUCUGCAAUUAUGCAUCUGUCUCACAGAGGGCUCACUUUGUGAUUUUUAGAGUUUGGAAGGGUGUGAACUUUUGGUGCCUGCCUUCAGCUGAAACCGAGCCAGUCAUUACUGCUCAGUGUUUUUCUGAGGUGAACACAGGCAAUUAACACUAAAUUAACACGCUCAUUUACAGUGCGUUGCUAGGGGGAAGGAUACUUUGAAGUUCUGUACAUAAAGGAUUUCAACAUAAAAACCUGGCUUCUAUUUUGGGUUAUUUUAUCAGCCACAUGAACAAGCAAGUUUUAAUUUCUAUUAUCUCUUUUUUUUUGUUUUCAUCUCAAAAUUCAGCCUGUUUUCUGUUUUUUAAUUUCAACUCCACUGAAUUAUUUUGUGCACGUUUGGGCACUAGGUUGGUAUAAUCUGAGCCUUCCUGCAUUUUAUAAACUAUUAUUAUUGUGUUUGUAAACGUAAAACAUUAAAAAAAAAAAAAUCCAAAAGUGCAUCCACAAUGUGUCACAUCUCCCUCUGAUUAUAGUCUAGGUUCUGAGCCCACAAUCCUUUGUUUUACUCUCUCAAGAAAAAAAUAGGAUGUGAAAGCCAUGCCUGCCUGUUCAAAUUGCUUUAUACAUACGUUAUAUAUAUAUAUAAAUAUAUAUAUAAAUAUUAUAAAAUGUAGAUAUCUGUCAUUGCAUAUACAAAUACAGAAGAGAACAAAAAAAACCAUAAUUUUACAGGGUGCUGGAGAUGAAAAAAAAAAUUUAUCUAUUUUUGGCAAUUUUAGCUUUUGAUACUUUACUUGCAGUUAUAAAAUUGAAAAAAAAAAAAAACAUAAAAAUGUUUCGAACAGUGUAGAAGAAAACAGAAAAACUUCGUGGGUGGGAAAAACGUGCUGUUACCUUGAAUAUGAUUGGAAAAGGAAGACAAAGACCAAAACAGUUAUAACCCUCUGAAAGCUGGUGAGAUCACUGAGACAGACACCUAAAUGGAUCAAAAUCAAAGUGCCUUAUCAACAGUGGUUUCUGUUUUCUAGUAUUCCAGUUGUGUUCAAUAAUAUCCAGCACCCACCAAGAUGGCGCAGAGAGGAAUGGCUAGUGUUACACGCUCUGAAUAGUCGAGCAGGGUAGCUCCCACCGCAGCGUGGCGUUACUGAAGUUAUUCUAUGCAAAAAGAAUGGCAGUCGUUUUGACCAGCUAAAAAUAUGUGCCAUGGUUUUGUCUUCCUGAAAUCAUUUUUUUUUUUCCUUUACUUGAUGGCCCUUUACUCUGCUGUACAAGCAGGUUUUGUUGUCUUUUUUUUUUUCUUUAUUUUCAAUUUUAAUGAUCAUAUAAGAUAUUGUCUUGAUUUUUUUGGUAAGUGUGAUUAACUUCCUAGAACAAAUUGAACUGCCAAUAGAGACCCAGUAGUCUGCCAGAACAUGUUGUGAUCAUGAGCUGAGAAAAAUACAUAAGACUCAAGAGAAUGGACAGGAAAGUGGGGGUCCGUCCCCACUGGCGGCACGUCGGUUUGUUUCAACAGCUGAAAACUGAAAGCAUCCAGUCGUCUCUGUGUCGAGUUGACAACAAAACUAUCAAUACAAUAAUGAGAUUUCUAAUGGACAAAUGAAGCGCUGGAUAAUGAAACGAGCAACUCCGUUUCACAGCCAAAUAGUUUUCAGUUAUGGAAACAACCGGUUUAUCGCUGCAAGGUGAAAUGACAUUAAAUUGAGGAAUUUUUAGAUCCAAUAUGACCCCUGGCAGUUUUUUUUUUCUUCAUAGCUCUUUCAUCAUGCUGUUACGCCGAAAGGUCAAUGAAAUUUUCUUUUUCAGUGUUAUUUUAAAUUGAAAUGCAAUAUUAAAAUGGAGCAAAUGAUGGCAAUUCAGCAUUUGACAGUAUUAAGAAAAUUCCCUCUGCAAUGUUACAACUUGCUUUGUCAUUGUGAGCGGCUGGAUAAGUCCAUCAGGUGAAAGGUUGAUUCUAUACCUACCGUAUUCUCUCUGGCCUGCCUACUACAUGUAUGAUAAUGUAAUUAACAGCCAUUGUUACAGGUUUAUAAUGUAUUUUUCUAAUCUCAUUUUAUAUGUAUAUUAAUCAUGUUUCUGAGUGCUUUUUCUUUUUUUUAAUGAAACCCACUGCAACCCCCCCUCAAAACAGCCCUCUCUUCUUCCCCCCACCUCUUCUACAUCUUAAAAUGUCUAUUGUGGGGAGUGUUGCCUUUUUCCCUGUUAAAUUUUGUUUUCUUGCCAAUUCCCAGCUUGUUUAACUCAUUAGCUACUUUAUUAGUUUUUCUUGUCAUAAGUAUUUUUACAUGCUUGCAUUUAGUUUUCAUGGUGUAUGCUGUUAUUUUUCUUAUUAACCUCUUGGCAUUUAUUUUAAUAAAACAUUCUUAGUAAGAAUUUUA